UCCAUUACGAUUAAUGGGUGGCUUCGAGAUUUCUUGUGGGCACAGGCAUCGCAAGUCAUUCAGUCUUAUGGUUCUUCAUUAUCUGCAUAUGGUCUUUUUUUCUUAGGUGCUCAUUUUGUCUGGGCCUUCAGUUUAAUGUUUUUAUUCAGCGGCCGUGGUUAUUGGCAAGAACUCAUUGAAUCUAUCGUUUGGGCUCAUAACAAAUUAAAAGUUGCUCCUGCUACUCAGCCUAGAGCCUUGAGCAUUAUACAAGGACGUGCUGUAGGAGUAACCCAUUACCUUCUGGGUGGAAUUGCCACGACAUGGGCAUUCUUCUUAGCGAGAAUUAUUGCAGUAGGAUAGUGGCUAGGAGGAUUUGAAAGGCAUUAUGGAAUUAAGAUUUCCCAGGUUUAGCCAAGGCUUAGCUCAGGACCCCACUACUCGUCGUAUUUGGUUUGGUAUUGCUACCGCACAUGAUUUCGAAAGUCAUGAUGAUAUUACUGAAGAACGUCUUUAUCAGAACAUUUUUGCUUCUCACUUUGGGCAAUUAGCAAUAAUCUUUCUAUGGACGUCCGGAAAUCUGUUUCAUGUAGCUUGGCAAGGAAAUUUUGAAUCAUGGAUACAGGAUCCUUUACACGUAAGACCUAUUGCUCAUGCGAUUUGGGAUCCUCAUUUUGGUCAACCCGCUGUGGAAGCCUUUACUCGAGGAGGUGCUGCUGGUCCAGUGAAUAUUGCUUAUUCUGGGGUUUAUCAGUGGUGGUAUACAAUAGGAUUACGCACCAAUGAAGAUCUUUAUACUGGAGCUCUUUUUCUAUUAUUUCUUUCUACGCUGUCCUUAAUAGCGAGUUGGUUACAUCUACAACCCAAAUGGAAACCAAGCCUUUCGUGGUUCAAAAACGCGGAAUCUCGUCUCAAUCAUCAUUUGUCAGGACUUUUCGGGGUAAGUUCUUUGGCUUGGACAGGACAUUUAGUUCAUGUUGCUAUUCCCGCAUCCAGGGGGGAGUACGUUCGAUGGAAUAAUUUCUUAGAUGUAUUACCCUAUCCCCAGGGGUUGGGACCCCUUUUGACGGGUCAGUGGAAUCUUUAUGCCCAAAACCCUGAUUCGAGUAAUCAUUUAUUUGGUACCGCUCAAGGAGCGGGAACUGCCAUUCUAACUCUUCUUGGGGGAUUCCAUCCACAAACACAAAGUUUGUGGCUGACUGAUAUGGCUCACCAUCAUUUAGCUAUUGCAUUUAUUUUUCUCAUUGCCGGUCACAUGUAUCGAACUAACUUCGGAAUUGGGCACAGUAUUAAAGAUCUUUUAGAAGCGCAUACUCCUCCGGGGGGUCGAUUAGGGCGUGGGCAUAAGGGCCUUUAUGACACAAUCAACAAUUCGAUUCAUUUUCAGUUAGGUCUUGCUCUAGCUUCUUUAGGGGUUAUUACUUCCUUAGUAGCUCAACAUAUGUACUCUUUACCUCCUUAUGCAUUCAUAGCACAAGACUUUACUACUCAAGCUGCUUUAUAUACUCAUCACCAAUAUAUUGCGGGGUUCAUCAUGACAGGGGCUUUUGCUCAUGGAGCUAUUUUUUUCAUUAGGGAUUACAAUCCGGAACAGAAUGAGGAUAAUGUAUUGGCAAGAAUGUUAGACCAUAAAGAAGCUAUCAUAUCUCAUUUAAGUUGGGCUAGCCUCUUUCUAGGAUUCCAUACCUUGGGCCUUUAUGUUCAUAACGACGUCAUGCUUGCUUUUGGUACUCCAGAAAAGCAAAUCUUGAUCGAACCUAUAUUUGCCCAAUGGAUACAAUCUGCUCAUGGCAAGACGACAUAUGGGUUCGAUAUACUCUUAUCUUCAACGAAUGGCCCCGCUUUCAAUGCGGGUCGAAGCCUAUGGUUGCCCGGAUGGUUGAAUGCUGUUAAUGAGAAUAGUAAUUCGCUUUUCUUAACAAUAGGACCUGGGGAUUUCUUGGUUCAUCAUGCUAUUGCUCUAGGUUUGCAUACAACUACAUUGAUUUUAGUAAAGGGCGCUUUAGACGCACGCGGUUCCAAAUUAAUGCCGGAUAAAAAGGAUUUUGGGUAUAGUUUUCCUUGUGACGGCCCAGGGCGCGGCGGUACUUGUGAUAUUUCUGCUUGGGACGCAUUUUAUUUGGCAGUUUUCUGGAUGUUAAAUACCAUUGGGUGGGUUACUUUUUAUUGGCAUUGGAAACAUAUCACAUUAUGGCAGGGCAACGUUUCACAAUUUAAUGAAUCCUCCACUUAUUUGAUGGGAUGGUUAAGAGAUUACCUAUGGUUAAACUCUUCACAACUUAUCAAUGGAUAUAAUCCUUUUGGGAUGAAUAGUUUAUCGGUAUGGGCUUGGAUGUUCUUAUUUGGACAUCUUGUUUGGGCUACUGGAUUUAUGUUCUUAAUUUCUUGGCGGGGGUAUUGGCAGGAAUUAAUUGAGACUUUAGCAUGGGCUCAUGAACGCACACCUUUAGCUAAUUUAAUUCGCUGGAGAGAUAAGCCUGUGGCUCUUUCCAUUGUGCAAGCAAGAUUGGUUGGAUUAGCUCACUUUUCCGUGGGUUAUAUAUUCACUUAUGCAGCUUUCUUGAUUGCCUCAACAUCAGGCAAGUUUGGUUAAUUUAGUUUGUUUUUUUGUACUGUAUCAGCACCUAGUUCAUUACUCUUGAUAGAGAGGGAGGAUCCGCCUUCUUAAAUUUCUUUUUCUAUUUAUUUUUCCAUCUAGGAUUAGAACCGUAUACUUGAUAAUAAUAGCAACGGCACAUUAUGGCAAAAAAGAGUUUGAUUCAGAGGGAGAAGAAGCGGCAGAAAUUAGAACAGAAAUAUCAUUUGAUUCGUCAAUCUUUAAAAAAAAAGAUAAGAAGCAAAGUUUCUCCCUUGAGUUUGAGUGAAAAAACGAAAAUGCGAGAAAAAUUGCAAUCCCUACCGCGUAAUAGUGCACCUACACGCCUUCAUCGACGUUGUUUUUUGACCGGAAGACCUAGAGCUAACUAUCGACAUUUUGGGCUAUCCGGACACGUACUUCGAGAAAUGGUUUAUGAAUGUUUAUUACCGGGUGCAACAAGAUCCAGUUGGUAAGGAUAAAAUACCCUUUCGUAUUUGUAUGGAUUUCUGGAAUUGAUAAUCAUAGAGGAGCCCUCUUUACCAUUCUGUAUAAAUGGACUAUUCUAUUUGUAUAGAUAUGGUAGAGGGACGUAUCGAACCCUCUUUUAUCCACUAGUUACCCCUCUUUAGUUUAAGAGUAUAGAGCAGUUUGGUAGCUCAUAAGUCUCAUAACCUUGGGGUUGCGGGUUCGAUUCCCACUACCGGCCCCAUACUCCUUCUUUAAUGAUAUAUGCAUGAUAUAUACAUCAUCCAUUUGUAUCUGGAUUUUUUGAUUUCCUAAAAGAGUUUUGGUCUAACAGUUUUUUCUCGGAAGAAGACAACAAAUAAAAGAAAGAAUAAAAGAAAGAAUAAAAUACGAAA